UUUGUAACAGCUGAUUGGCCUUUCUGUCUCAACAUGGUAAAUGUUGAAUAAUAAUUAUGGACUACAAAUAUGCGUUUUAUUAAUCAUCGUACAUACAAUAGUUUGAAGCGCUGUGAUAAAGGAAUUGUGCAAUAUUUGUGAUGCAAAUUACCUACACCUCACUCACUUAUGCUUCAACCUAAGGACUUAAAUCAGAUGAUGAUCGCGAGUGUCCUACCAGAGCGACGAUUGGUUCGAUCCCGAUCCUGUAAAAAAAGGUCGAAUCUUCCUUCAGAAAUCCAUGUGACUUCUCCGAACCUCAAAAGAAAAAGAACGACAAGCUCCGCCACAAAGGAAAAGAGCACAAUUCUACAAAGGGACUCUGCUUCGGAUUGUUCUGUGCAAUCCUCAAAACGUAUAAAUAAAAAACUAGAUUUUAUACCGGAUAAGCCACUGCGUAAAAAUUUUACAGAUGCGAUGGUUGUUGGUAGUCAAUUGGAUCGUGAAAUCGGCACAGGCGAGUCCAAACAGUCAACGAUAAAGGACUGCAGAAAAACACAAAAUGGACACAUUAAUAAUGCGUCGAAGACGGCUACAUUGGUCGACAUUAUGACAACAAAACUUACUACAAAAGUUAGCCAAGCGGCAAGGAGCAGCAGGGACCAGAAGAAUAAUAAAACGUUGAACGUUAAAGAAAGCGACUCCUUUGACACCAUGUUUUCAGAGUCAGAUAUGUGGACAUCUAAAUAUGCGCCGAGUUCGUUCGGCACGUUCGUGGGCAAUAUGGCGGCGGUGGCCACUCUCGAGAAUUGGCUCCAACAAUGGAAAGAUCUUCCGAGAAGAUCUGCAUCAGCCUACCAUGAUUCUUCCUCGUCGAGUGGACAUCCGGCCGACGGCUUUUCCAAUGCGAUGUUUAUCAAAGGUCCCCCAGGCGUUGGUAAAACGGCUCUAGUUUAUUAUAUUGCACAGCGGCUAGGGUACACGGUUCUUGAGGUCAAUUCUUCUAGUGAGCGUUCCGGACGCCGUGUUUUAGCCGACCUAAAAGAAGCAACGCAAAGUCUUCACGUUGAGGGAACAAAGGUGUCUUCCUCAAAGGGACGAAUCAGCAGCUUUUUUAAACCUGUUUUUACAUCGGUACCGACUGCUUUGUUGACAUCCGAUCUGUCCGAGCAAGCACAGGACAAGAAAAAACAGAAGGGAAAGGAAAAGCAAAUCUCAAAAGAGUUUACAUCUCGUAAUUGUAAGGGUACAAUUUCGUUCUUCUUUGCUUCAAAAACUAAGAAAGGUAAUACCUCAGAAGACUCUACUGAAAUUUUAGAAAUACUAGAUGAUAGUUGCAACGACAAAUUCGAGUGCGAAGCAAAAGAAUUGUCGAAGUCAUCGAUAAAAUCAUUUUUCGAGCCUGUUGAUAAAAAUGAUGAUCUCAAAGGUUUCGAAAAAGAACGAACUGUAAUAACCGACAAGCAAAUAAUGGAGAAACGGUCGAGAUCAGGAUCGCCUGAGCAAGAUGAUCAGAGGAUUAAAUGUUCGAAAUCGACAAUUAUUUUAUUCGACGACGUCGAUGUGAUCUUCGAUAACGAUGGAGAUGAGGGAUUUUGGAUGGCACUUGAAACUGUUUUGAAGAGUUCGAAAAAGCCCUGUAUACUGACAGCGACCCGUGACUAUGGUACGAUUAUUAAACGCUGUCGAAUACUACAGGACACGCCCGUGAUCGAGCUACAUCGGCCAAGCCCAACUCAGGUAGCAGGGUUUUUGAGAAAAAUUGGGGAAGCUGAAAAACGUGACCUUACAGGUUACAAUGUAGAAUUCACCUGUCAGCAUCUUUCGUCUGACGUUCGCCGUGCGCUUCUCCAAAUAGAGUUUGAAACAGUGUCAUCUAGAUUACCGCAGACAAUCUAUCCAGUUAACAAAACUUUUGGUGCGCUCCUUUCCUCGGGGUGUCUCGAUGACGCAGCUUCAAUUCAAAUGAUAUUUAAAAAAUCUGGUUUCAACGCGUUUUAUGCUUCGCUUGAAGAGUGUCUACCAUUCGAAUUUGAGGAUAUCGUCAUGCGCAAGCCAUCUUUCUCGUCAACCGAAAUCGGCGAAUCAUUAGCCCAAUCUAGACGAAAGCGUCACGAUGAUAAGAGAAAAAAAUCAAAAGCUGCGUUUAAUUCAUCCGUGUUGUGUAGUCUUGCUGAAAUUUUCGAUCAAGUAUCACAGUUUGAUCUUUUUGCUGCAAGUCUUGACACUAUGGGAGAAGAAUGUUUGCCGAGCUAUGAGAGAGUAAAACGCUGGAUGGAGCAGCGUCCAGUUGAGACGCAGGACACAAACCCCAGAUUGGUAGAGGAAUUGCUUGAGAUCGGAUCCACGGUUCUCAUUGGAGAAGCAGCAAAGUCCCUUGAUAGGAUUUCGAGGAGGUGCGCAGAUCUUACCGAGGUUGAGCAACAGGAGUUGUAUCUGCCACGCGUAGCUAGCUCCCUAGGAUUCCGCGACAUUCAUAAGAUUCUUAAAAAGGUACGCACGAACGAGCGAGCCUUGGACGACAUUCUAAGCCAGCUGUCAAUUAGUCGAUCCUUAGCUAAACAUUACCUUUUUUACUUAUCACGUAUAUGUCAAGCUGAAAAAGAGCGUCGAAGUGGACCUAACAGAAAGGGACGAAGCAGAUUUCUUCACUAUUUGGCACAAAUAGGAAUGUAUUUAUCGCCAGACCAGGUUGACCGACUUGCAACCUUGUGGUCUUAAUAAUACUUCACUUUGAAUAAUUAGUUUUUUACAGAGAAGGGUGAAUCCGAACAGCUAGAGAGGGUGGUAAAGUGAGCCCCACGUUAAAUAGCGAAUUCGGAACAAAACGUCGCCUGAAGGCAGAUUUGCAAAAAUGAAACAUAAUAGAUGCACUAACUUGUAGUUGCUAGAACAAAAAUGGGGGAAACUGUAAAAAUAGCAUUUGAGAGUUAUAACUACAAUAUCUAACCCAUACCGGUAUUCUAGGAAAGCAUAUCAAUUCCAUAUGUUUCUAACAUCUCAGAUCUUUAUCGUACGACUAUAAAAUUAAUAUUCCGCACAAAUAAGUUGUUCCGACCCUGUCACGCUAAUGUUAGGAAGGUUAGUAAUCCAUUUACCUAAAUAUCUUAAUAGAUAUUUUUGUAGAGUUUGUUUUUGGAAGUAGCACGAUGUGUUGUACAUACAUGUAUA